AUGGCACCUCAAGUAGACCUUUCUAUAGCUAAGAUUGGAUAUGAGAUUGAAAAAUUAUUUGGAAGACAGAAAAGUUUUGGCAAUAAUACUAAUCCACCAGCAACUCAAAAUCUCUGUCAGUACAAGUUUUAUCCAAGCUAUGGAGCUACUACUAUCACCAAAAAUGUAGAAGAACUCACUUGCAACGAAGCUGCUUCCAAGUUCAUACCAGAAAAGAGAGCAGAUCAGUUGCAUGCUAAAGGUUUGGUUGGACGAUGA